CGGCCUGCCACACAGCGGCGGUUAAGUGAAACCGCCUAACUGUCAGCUCGAGGAGGAUGCGGCGGUUGAUAUAAAUGACUACCUGUGAAAACCGUGGCGACUUCUUGUUUCAGCGCUUCUAGCUCGUAAAUAUUGCUUAACGCCGUACCGUUUCUUCGAGGAAUCCCGAACUCCAAAAGCAGAGAGCCAUGUUCAUGUCUCCAGGCGGCUCGCAGCUUUCGCUGGUCGCCCAGUUUGACGACCUGUGUCGACGUCAUGCCGCAUAUACCGACACCGCAACCGAAGAACUGAUGUUGGAAUUUGUGCGUAACCAGGAAGCAUGCCGCAGACAGUGGCAUGCCGCCAUCAUCGAAAACGCUGAGCUCAAGAAGCAGAUUGCUUCGUUGACCGAAAUGAACGUUGAACUUGAACGAAACCUUGCCCACACCAAGGAAGUGCUGCGCAAGGAAUUGCUCCGCAGAGAAAGGUGCGAAGAAGAGACGCUGCAAAAGCAACGCCAACUGGAUCAGGUUCGUAGCCUGCUUGCCAACAACACUGAGAUCCGCGAUGAGACAGCCGAGAAGCUCUCCAUUCUUAUGCCUGCUGACAACGGACCGCAGGAUCGUGCCGCCAGGCUGAGCAUCAUUGAUGAGUCCGUAGGUUCUGUGCUUUCACCUUCCGGAGAUGACCUGGAUGUCACCGAUGAGUCUGCCGAGUUCUUCAACAUGCCCAACUCACAGGGCAAGCGUCGACACUGUUUCUUUGAAGGCAUAUCACCAGUUGAAAAAAAGUCCAAGGUAAACGAUGAACGAGACCGCUCGUUUACGAACAUGGUGCACACUACUGUGACAGUCGCAGAUGGCAAGGACCUGGUAGCGACUACGCGGGUGGUCGCUCAGCCAUUGACACCGGCGGCGCCACCACCACCGCCACCAACACCAGCUUCUUCGACACCCACAAUGACACCGUCACCCUUGACGACACCCAAGUACUCUAGCGGAUCUGCACCGAAUACUCCGGUGUCCCAGAGGCGCGGCAAGGUUGCAGCGAGCGCCACCAUGCCUAGGCGGAGCAACUCGGCCGAAAAGCUACUGUCUCGACAGCACACCUUCUGCCCCAAGACGGUGAUCAAGGCGGAGUCGUGCGGUCCCUGCGGCAAGCGCAUCAAGUUCUACAGGACGGUCUACAGGUGCAGCCGCUGCAACGCCAUCUGCCACCCGGAGUGCAAGUACCAGGUGCCGCUGCCCUGCAUCCCGGUGUGCGAGACCCCCAAAAGUACAGGAACGGGCUGCCGUCGGGGCACCCUCAUCUCGGACCACGUCCCCUCCACGGCACCCAUGGUGCCUGCACUUGUGGUCCACUGCAUCCAGGAGGUGGAGCGCCGAGGCCUCGACUGCGUGGGCCUCUACCGGGUAUCUGGUUCGGAGCGUGAAGUGCGUGAAAUAAGGGAACGCUUCCAGCAAGGCAAGGGUGUCCCAAACUUGUCGAAGGUUGACAUCUACGCUGUGUGUGGAGUCCUCAAGGACUUCUUGCUCUCGCUCCGCGAGAGCCUCGUCACUAAGUCACUGUGGCACACUUUUGUCAGUGCAACAGAGCUAGAGCACGAGGACCGGGUGUGGGCUAUGUGGCAGGCAGUGACACAGCUUCCACCGGCCAACCGGGACACCCUGGCCGCACUGGUGCUGCACCUGCAAACGGUGGCCGCCCACCCCGAGGCCAAGAUGCCCCUGAGCAACCUGGCGCGCAUCUUCGCCCCCACCGUCGUCGGCUGCUCCGUCAACGACGUGGCCACGGUGCCCAACCUCCUCGCCGAGAUGGAGCAGCAGAACCAGGUGAUGGAGACCUUGCUGUCGCUGCCAGCAGACUACUGGAAUCAGCUCUUGGAUGUCUAGCGCAGUGAAAAUUCUUGGCACUAUGAAACCGGUGUUUGACAGCCUGGCCUGGUGUGAGGAGUCAUCCGCUGAUCUCUUGUCCUGGAAGGCAGUUGUGGCCUUCUCUUCAUUUUAUUUAUACACUUUGACAAUCUCUGUACAGUGCAGAAUUUUAAUAAAUUUGUGUAAAAGCUCUUUUCCCUGCCUCA